AUGCCUCCCAUCGCCGUCCACGCAGGGAUAAUUGGUGCUGGUAUGGGAGGGCUUGCUGCGGCUAUUGCACUGCGUCGAGGAGGAGUCAAAGUCACGAUUCUCGAGGCGGCAACCGAACUUGGCGAGAUUGGAGCCGGCAUCCAUAUGUUUUCCAACGUCUCUAAGUAUCUCAUCCGCUGGGGUGUGGACGAGAUCAUCGGCGAGAACUUGGUUCAGGUGGAUGAAGUGCGGACAUGGGGUGUCAACGGCGAGGUGGUGACGAGAGUCGAUCCCAAACGAGUCCACAAGCUCACUGGCUUUCCUCACCUGAUCGCUCGCCGAGACCAUUUACAUGCUGGUCUUACAGAAUCCGCGCGCCGACAUGGAGUCGAGAUCAUUGUCGGAGCUCGGGUCCAGGAGCUCAAAUACGCGGAAAAGUCGGCGACCGUCACCACGACUAAGGGAAUCUCUUACACGUUCGACCUCGUGAUCGGCUGCGAUGGCAUCAAAUCAACCAUCCGACAACAUCUCUUUCCAGAAGUCAAGCCUCGCGCCCCAUCCAAAGUUGCCGCCUACCGCGGAGUGCUUACUUACGAGGAGAUCAGAACCAAGGCUCCUGAAGCGGCAUCCAUUUUGACCAACACAAUGGAUAUGUGGACGGGGCCGAAUGGCUAUAUAAUGACGUACCCACUCUCCGGUGGCAAAGAGCUAAACGUCGUCACUUCGUUCUGCAAAGACUACUACGUUGAGAAGAUGGAGGAAGUCGACAUUGACGAGUUCAGAGGCUACUACAAGGACUACAGCCCAGCGAUCCAAUCUAUCAUCAAAUUGGUCAACUACACGCAGCGAUGGCCCCUUCUUGUCAUGCCUCUAAUGGACCGGUGGUCGAACGAGGCCAGAAACGUGGUUCUACUGGGCGACGCGGCUCAUUGCAUGCAGAACCACGUGGGACAGGGAGCAGCCACAGCGAUUGAGGAUGGCGUCUUCCUAGGUCGUGUGCUGAGUGAAGUUGUGCGCGGGGCGCUCACCGUUCCCGAAGCCGUGUCCAUCUACGAGCAGAAACGGAUACCCAGAGCAUGGACCAAACAACAAGUAUCUCUUGUCUCUGGUGAGUUGAACAUGUGCUCUGAUGCCGAGGACCUGCUCAAGCGGAACGCGUCAUCCCUACCGGAAGCGCAUGGCCUCGAGAAGAACGGUGAAGUCAUGGGACAAUUCCCGCCUCUUCCGCCAGAGUAUCGAUCGUGGCAGAUGUUUGAUUCGCCCGAGAGCGUGCCCGGGAUCUUCUACUAUGAUGCUGAAGGCGAUGCCGAUAACGCAGUGUGCGAGUUCUUGCAGGCGAGGGAUCGAGAGGCUGGCAAGGUGGAUGAAUUGACCAUGGUAAGUGAGGCGCUCAGGAAGAAGUGGUGGGCAGCCGUCGAUUUCAAUGGCAUUGGCUGA